AUGACGAUCACACUUGAAGAUGUCUCAGCAUUACUCCACUUGCCUGUAGAGGGUGAGUUCUUCUCCUUUGGUAACCCGACUAGGGAAGAGGCGGCUCCUGCAGUUGCUCAGUUACUUGAUGUGGACAUUGAGCUUGUGAUGGAGGAGUUUGAUGCUUGUAGGGGUCCAUCUCUUUGCUUUAGCUUUCUCCAUGAUAUUGUGGAGAAACACGUAGCGGCCAACAAUGAAGUUCCUGCAUGCCGAGCUUACAUGUUGCGGUUGAUUGGCAUGACCCUUUUCUGUGACAAGAGCAACACAUAUAUUGGUGUUGUGUAUUUGUCUCUGUUUGAAGAUGUUGAGAAUGCAUCAAGGUGGAACUGGGGAGCUGCCACUUUGGCUUACUUGUAUGGUCAGCUCUGGGAGGCCAGCAGGAACGGUGCUAAGUCUGUUGCUGGUUAUUUAUCUCUUCUGCAGUCAUGGGUGUUUGCUCACUUUCCCGGAUCCUUGUUUGAGCGCAGGGACAACCCUGCCUACACGCCAGACAGGCCCGUUGCACUAACUUGGGAGGCGCUUCGAGGGACUACUGAGGUUGCGCAGAAGAGGAUGAACCUGGACACGUUUCCGGCCAGUUCUGUGAUUUGGAGACCUUAUGUAGAGCAUUAUGCUCAUUGGCCCUUCCCUCAGGUUGCCUUGUAUAGGAGAUUUAUCAGGCAUGCCGGGAUGAUAUUCCCAUACCUCCCAGAUCGAGUCAUCAGGCAGUUUGGCAGGAUCCAGUAUGUGCCAGAUCCCCCACCAUCGUCAGUUACGUGCCGGGAGUGUGAUCGUCGAUUUGCGCACUGGAAUGAUCACAUUUGCCAUCUGUCGGAAGAAGCUGCUUUCCCUUUUCAGACCACUGGCGAAUACACUCCUUGGUAUAUCAAGGUCUCACACCCUUACAUGGUCCCAGAUGAGUACAAAGCCGACCGCUUCGCAUUUCUAGAGAGCCAGUUUGCGGAGCUUGCGUUGUACUCUGGCAUUGCGGUUGAUCCGACGACAGUUGGAUCGCCCCCGCGCGGGUUCACCGAUGUGGGAUGCGUGUUGUUUAAUGUUGUUGGAUAA